GAAGCGAGCGGGCCGGGAGGAGGCGGCGCCGGGCUCGGGGACGGCCUGCGGUCGCCGGGGCUCCGAGGGCCUUUGUGGGCGCGGGCGGGCACCCCCGCGUCUGUCACCGGCCCCCGCCUCGGGCUCUGGACUCUCGCCCCGCGCCACUGCCGGUGCCCCCGCGUCGGGCUGGCAGCCGCCCGCGGUGGACGCGGGGACGGGCAUCCACUCCGGGGGCCGCCCUGUGCGCGCCGUGCGGGCCUCGCGGACUCGGGGCGCCGGGACCCCGAGCGCGGGGCGGACGCAGCUGGGUCCCCGGUUUCCGUGUCUGUCUGCGGCGGUGCCGCCCCUCCCUGCUCGGGCCCGCUGACGCGUUCCUCUUCAGAGCCGUUUUCUGUGCAGUCAGAUGGUUCCGUGGCGGGAGGCAGAGAACCGGGUGGGAAAAGGCUUGCGGGGGGAGGAGGUCGUCCCGGGCCCGCCGCGCAGGGGCGCGCACGGGGCAGGUGCCCACACGGGGCAGGUGCCCACACGGGGCAGGUGCCCUGGCGCUGCCCCGGUCUCCUGAGCGGCGCAGUGGGUGCUGGCGGUGCCACCUGGCGCCGAGGGCCUCCGCGGCUCGGGGCGGGCCCUGGUCCUGGGGGGCGCAGCGGGCUGCUGCCGCCGCCGCGGGUCCAGCGUCCGGUCCGGAGGCCCAGAGCCCACGAGACCCGGGCCUGGACGGGCGCCCGGCGCUGCUCCUCCGCGGGCUCCGGGCGCCUCCCUCUGCGGACGCGGGGUGGGAUUUCGGAGCUGAGGGUUCCAGGGCUGGCAAGCAGAAGGGGCUUCCUCCUGGCUUCCUUUCUCUUCUCAGAUCCGCCUUCUGGAGACUGCACCGCCCUCAGGGGAGAGCCCAGGAAGAGGACAUGGCUGCUGGGCAGCGGGCAGCGAGGCCCCAGGUGUCACUGACGUUCGAGGAUGUGGCUGUGCUCUUUACCCGGGAUGAGUGGAAGAAGCUGGCUCCUUCUCAGAGAAACUUGUACCGGGACGUGAUGCUGGAGAACUAUAGGAACUUGGUCUCACUGGGGCUCCCGUUUACCAAACCAAAAGUGAUCUCCCUGUUGCAGCAAGGAGAAGAUCCCUGGAAGGUGGAGAAAGACGGUUCUGGUGGCCCCUGUCCAGGAUUGAAGAGCAUUCAUAAAACCACAAAGUCAACACAAACACAAGACUGUUCAUUUCAGGGACUGAUACUGAAAAGAUCCAACAGGAAUGGACCUUGGAAUUUAAAAUUGGAAAAGCCUUACAUAUAUGAAAGCAGAUUAGAGAAAAAGGACAAAAAGGAAAGUUUUCAGGUAGUUUCAACCACCCACAAAAAAAUCCCCACUAGAGAAAGAAGCCAUAAAAAUAGUGAAUUGAGCCAAAACUUCAGCCCAAAGUCAGUGCUUAUUAGGCCACAGAUACUUCCCAGAGAAGAAACACCACCAAGAUGUGAAAUACAAGGAAACAGCUUCAAACAGAAUUCAGAUUUACUUAAUCAACCAAAAAUUACAGCAGAUAAACGCUAUAAAUGUAGUAUGUGUGAAAAAACCUUCAUUAACACCUCAUCCCUUCGUAAACAUGAGAAAAACCAUAGUGGAGAGAAAUUAUUUAAAUGUAAAGAAUGUUCAAAAGCCUUUAGCCAAAGUUCAGCUCUUAUUCAACAUCAAAUAACGCAUACUGGAGAGAAACCCUACAUAUGUAAAGAAUGUGGGAAAGCCUUUACUCUCAGUACAUCCCUUUAUAAACAUCUAAGAACACAUACUGUAGAGAAAUCCUAUAGAUGUAAAGAAUGUGGUAAAUCCUUCAGCCGAAGGUCAGGACUUUUUAUACAUCAAAAAAUUCAUGCUGAAGAAAACCCUUAUAAAUAUAAUCCAGGUAGGAAGGCAUCUAAUUGCAACACAUCUCUUUCUGGAUGUCAAAGAAUUCAUUCUAGAAAGAAGUCCUACUUAUGUAAUGAAUGUGGCAACACCUUCAAGUCUAGCUCAUCCCUUCGUUAUCAUCAGAGAAUUCACACCGGAGAGAAACCUUUUAAAUGUAGUGAAUGUGGGAGAGCCUUCAGUCAGAGUGCAUCUCUUAUUCAACAUGAAAGAAUUCACACUGGAGAAAAGCCCUAUAGAUGCAAUGAAUGUGGGAAAGGCUUCACUUCUAUUUCACGACUUAAUAGACACCGAAUAAUUCAUACUGGAGAGAAGUUUUAUAAUUGUAACGAAUGUGGUAAAGCCUUAAGUUCCCACUCAACGCUUAUUAUUCAUGAGCGAAUUCAUACUGGAGAGAAACCAUGUAAAUGUAAAGUAUGUGGAAAAGCCUUCAGACAGAGUUCAGCGCUCAUUCAACAUCAGCGAAUGCAUACUGGAGAAAGACCCUAUAAAUGUAAUGAGUGUGGGAAAACAUUCAGGUGUAACUCAUCCCUUAGUAAUCACCAGAGAAUUCAUACCGGAGAGAAACCAUAUCGAUGUGAGGAAUGUGGCAUGUCUUUUGGCCAAAGUUCAGCUCUUAUUCAGCAUCGAAGGAUUCAUACAGGAGAAAAACCCUUUAAAUGUAAUACAUGUGGGAAAACUUUUAGACAAAGCUCAUCACGUAUUGCACAUCAGAGAAUUCAUACUGGAGAGAAACCCUAUGAAUGUAAUACAUGUGGGAAACUUUUCAACCAUAGGUCAUCUCUUACUAAUCAUUACAAAAUUCAUAUAGAAGAGGACCCCUAGAGAGUAGAUUUGUAUGUGAAAGCCUUAAACCAAAGCUCAUCAGAGAAUACAUCCUUGAGAGUGAUGUAAUAAAUGUAAUGGAUAUGAAAAAAACCUAUAGUCCUCAUUAGGUACUUAAUUCCAUGGAUAAACCUUGACUAUGUAAUAGCUAUGAGGAAAGUGUUUGUGCCUGUCAGACACUUUAAAAAAUAACCUGAGAUAAAGAGUUUACAAUUGGAGACACUGACUUUGGCCAUUUUUGAAAUGAGUUUGCUUUUUCCGUCUUCCUACAGACGUAUAUGCUACGUGUCAUCACAUGAUCAUCAGAAACAUCUAAGUGGGUGGGAGGCGUGCUUUAGAGUUCUCAUUAGAAGACCAAACUGGUAAUAUUUUUAUAACAUUUUAAUAGCAUACAAAUGAAUUGAUCAAAUUGUACCUUUUUAAAGGACCAAAAUAAAAGACAAAAAUGAAUUAUGAACUACCUCUCAGUCUCUGGGGUUUGUCCUUUUCCUACCCUGAUGUCAAACUUGUGUGUGGAUUUCAUU